UUUACAGUAACACUGUCCAGUUUCCAGUUUAAAUAUAAAGUGCUGUCAUGCCCAAGUGACGCCCCAUGGGAUGGGUGUCAGACAACCCCCCAGUCUGUGGUGUGGUCGUCAGCCGCCGCCUGCAGCAUGGACAGCGACGAUGAACGUGUAGAAGAGGUUGUGGAAGGUCCACUGGAUGACGACAAUCAGCCACAUGGUUUCUGCACAGUGACCUACUCAUCCAGUGAUCGCUUUGAGGGACACUUCAUCAAUGGAGAGAAGAAUGGCAAGGGCAAGUUCUUCUUCUUUGAUGGAAGCACCCUGGAGGGUUUCUAUGUAGAUGAUGCUUUACAGGGCCAGGGGCUGUAUACAUAUGAAGAUGGUGGUGUCCUCCAUGGGACAUAUGUGGAUGGCGAGCUCAAUGGGCCCGCUCAGGAGCUUGAUGGAGAGGGCCGCCUGGUGUUCAAGGGCCAGUACAAAGACAACAACCGUUGUGGGGAGUGCUGGGUCUACUACCCUGAUGGGGGCUGCGUGUUUGGGAUGGUGAAUGAGGAUGGGGAAAUGACCGGUAAAUCUGUAGUGUACAUCUACCCUGACGGUCACACGGCUCUUUUUGGAAGCUUUGUGGAUGGGGAGCUGAUCGAGGCUCGCCUCGCCACCCUGAUCUCCAGCGGGAGUGGAAGGCCACGCUUUGAAAUCUCACCCAGCAGUCCUGUGUACUUGUACGACAAGUCCACAUCCACCUGCAUUGCCACCCAAACGUUGCUUCCUGACCCAUACGAAAGCCAAAGGGUUUUUGUGGCCGACUCUACGAUUAAAGGAGCAGGACAGGGUCUGUUUGCCAAGGCAGAUACUGAAACAAACACUGUGAUGGCUUUUUACAACGGCGUUCGCAUCACACACUCUGAGGUGGACAGCAGAGACUGGGCACUUAACAGCAACACAAUCUCACUGGACGAGGACACUGUGAUCGAUGUCCCUCAGCCAUUUGACCAGACAGAGAGAUACUGUGCCUCUUUGGGUCACAAGGCCAACCACUCCUUCACCCCAAACUGCACAUAUGACCCGUUCAUGCAUCCUCGUUUUGGGCCAAUCAAGUGCAUCCGAACGUUGAGGCCUGUGCAGAAAGACGAGGAGCUAACUGUUGCCUACGGCUACGAUCACGAGCCAACUGGGAAGAAUGGCCCAGAGGCUCCUGACUGGUACAAGCAGGAGCUGGAGGUGUUCCAACAGAGACAGGCGACUCUCACUGGCCAAUGAGAAAGCAGAUUAAUACCUCUGGACAAUGAUACGCCCCUGUACCUGUGUUACCAGCUUGCAAGACUCUUGGACCAUUAUGGCACAUGAUAUCCCCUGCACCUGCAGCCCACAGCAUAGAUAGCUGAGAAGUUACAAUGAUGCUUAUGGUAUUCAAGUGGAUUAUUGCUCGAGUAAUUCAGUAUGCUUGGAGGCUUUGGAGAUCCAGAGCCAAAGUAACUCAAGAUCUAUGCAAAAAACCAAGUGGUACUGAAUGAGAAAUGUCAGUAGCAGAUUUUACCACUGUCCUCUUCAUCACAAUGAUGUACAUGCUCAUGAUUGGUACUUAUACAUUUAGGUUAUAACAACAAAUUACUACUGUUAUAUUUCAUUUUCAGAAGCUGCAGUUUACUCAACAGGGCUUUCCUCAAGUUGUUGAGUUUAGCAGCACUAUUUAUUCCAAACACUGUUUAUCUGGUAUGAUUAAACUGUGCAACAGUUUUAGGUGCUUUAGGUCUUUAGAUUCUAUCCCAAAGUCAUUCUGCAGCAUGACAAUGGCCCUAAACACAGCUAGAGUCCUAAAGAAACAUCUUCAUCAGCAAGAAGAACAAGGAGUCCUGCAUCAGGUGGUGCGGCCCCCACAGAGCCCUGAUCUUAACAUCACGGAGUCAGUCUGGGUUUAAAUGAAGAGGCAGCCUAAGUAGACAGAGGAACUGUGGCAGGUUCUCCUAGAUGCACUGAACAACCUCCCUGUUAAACACCUCGAAGAACUGUGCAAGAGGAGAGCUGGUGCUGUUUUAAAGGCACAGGGUGGUCGCAGUAAAUAUUGAUGUGCUAAAGGCUUUUCUCUUAACUGCAUUUUGUAUGAAGGUUAUUGGUUUAAAAAAGCUUCAUUGCAUUAAUUCUGAAGGCUCCUUCACUUUGCUUUUGAGGCCUAAAACUUUUGCACGGCAACCUACUGUACAUUUAAAAGGUGUAACUUCAUAGGGCUAAAAUGGGUGACGUACUGUAUUUCCUGAGUUUUAUAGAGAUUAUUCCUAACUUUAGGGAGAAAUUAAUGGAAGGCCUACCACCACAGGAAAGAUUUGUCAGGUGUUUUCUAACCUAAACAUGUGUUCAUAAAUUAAAAACUAAAGUCCAGGAUGAAGAAAAACUGGUCCACAUGCCUCA